AUGUCCAGCCUUGACGUCAAGACCUCCCUCGAUGGCCUUGCUGUACUCGCUAGGCAAGGCUCAUGGCGGGCGAUAGUGGACAAGGUGGUGGAAGGAUACAAGCUCGCGGGGCUGGCGCAGCAGCUGGCGUUACGCGGUUACCACGUGCUGGCGCUGAUGAAGCUGCGCAUGUACGGGGCAGCAGCAGAGGAGCUCACGCUGCUGGGGAACCUUGACUCGCCGCAGUACCGCUACGAGGCCCACCCGGGCAUGUACCCUGGGAGGAAAGGUGAGCACCUGGAUGUUACAUGGUUACCAUAUCCAUGUGCUGCUGGCGCUGAUGAAGCUGCGCCUGCCUCUCCCAUCCCUCCCCGCACUGCCUCUCCCGCCCCUCCCCGCACUGCCUCUCCCGCCCCUCCCCGCACUGCCUCUCCCGCCCCCACCAGAGCUGCCUCAUGGGCCUGCGCCCACUGCAGAUGCCUGCGCCCCAUCAUCUCGGUCCAUGCUGCUCCACCCAUUGGGCAACCUGCAGGAUCCAUGCUGCCCUUCGCCCUGCGAUGGCUGGCGGCAGAGCUGCCUCACCGCAUGGGCAAUCCAGCCCUCACAUUGGAGCGUUUAUGUGCUCUGCAGGCGUACUGCACAGCUAAGGUGGGUGCAGUGCGCAAUGAUGCAGGCGAUGGCAACCAGCCAGCAACCAGCGGCAGCAACACAAAGGGCAAGUCUCCAGCACCAUCCGUACCAUCCGCACCAUCCGCACCAUCCGCACCAUCAGCAGCGGCGGCAUCGCAGCAGGCUGCGUUGGUGGCGUGUUGGGCGCGCAGGCGGCAGGCAGUGCGGCACGCGCUGGUCUCGCACCACCUGGCACAGCGCGACUACCCCACCGCGCUCCUCUGGCUGCAGCGCCUGCUGCGCUACGAGCCGAGCAACGCCGCCCUGCUCUCGCGGUACGGCCUCGUUCGGCUGCAGCUGGGGGACGUGGAGGGCGCCAGCGCCGCGUUCGGAUUGGUGGAGAAAAUGGUGGUGCAUCGAGAGGUGGAGAUGGAGAGUGAGGGAGGGAGUGGGGGAGGAGGAGGGGAGGGGGCGGGGGAGGGGGAGGGAGGAGGGGAUUUAACAGGAGAUGCGAGUAACACAGCAGGAGCAGGAGCAGGAGCAGGAGCAGGAGCAGGAGCAGGAGGAGGAGGAGGGGGAAGCAGUGAUGGGGGUGUGGGGGCAGGGCGGGUGACGGCAGCAAAUGUGGGCGAGAUGAAGAGGCUGGUGCGGCUAAACAAAGCUCUGGUGCACUUUGCUCGCAAGGAGCACGGGCAGGCGCUGCAGCUGUUCACUGCGGUGACUAAAGAGGAUCCCACCAACUCCAUUGCUGCGAAUAACAAGGCCCUCUGCCUGAUGUACGGCCGAGAUCUCGCGACGGCGGUGCGGGUGCUGGAGGACCAAUUGCAGGCGAGCCCGCUGACAGCUGUCGACGAGACAGUGGUGCUCAACCUGUGCUCCAUGUACGAGCUGGCGGCGUCUGAUACGCUCAACGCCAAGAGCACGCUCAGCAACUGGCUCACGCGGCUUGCUCCCGAUGACUUUGACUUUGCCUGCACUAGGCUGUAG